AGACCGCUCGUGACAGUCAGCUGAUACUGAGCUGUAAUCGCCUCUCACGUUCGGUCUUAUAUUUUGUAUACUUUUACAUUGUAAAUAUAUAAAUAGUACAUUUAUAUAGACAGUAUUAUAUGAAUUUUGCGAGUUGAAUUGUAAUUACUAUUUUAAUUUGUAUCGUUAUAACGACUCCUCUGUUUUAAAUAUGUCUGGACCAAACGGAGAUCCCAAUAUUUCUGUUGAUGAUGGAAUAAUCGAGGAUGAAGAUGAAUUCAGUGAAGAGGAAUAUGCAGCGAUCGACUCCAUGCUGGACCAGAUCAACUCGUGUCUGGAUGACAUCGAGGACAGAAAUGAUGCUCUGAAUGGAAAACUGCACGAGCUGCUGGAGUCCAACAGACAAGCCCGAAAAGAUUUCAGACAACAGCUGAAUGAUGAAGAAGCUUCUCCUCCUCCAGCAGAAGAUCCAGCGUCCAGAGACACACAGACCGAAGACUAGACAACAUUCAUGCACUGACGUCCAUCCUCAGACUCUUUCCUGUUUUAUUAAUGCAUUCAGCUGUAAAUCAGUGAUGUAAAAUACCUGCGUCAUCUUCUCAGUGGACCAGUAGGGUAGAAUAUAUAUGUGUAAAUCUCUUUGUGUUGGUUGUGUCUAAACUUUACUGUAUUAAAUGAAAGCAUUAAGGCA